CAUUAGGCAACACACAUUUCUCUAUAUUUGUGUUCUGUGGCAGCAACGUGAAUUCUUGCCUUAUCUGAGAUAAGCUUUCGCGACCUAAGAAAAGUCUUUUCCUCACGACUAACUUGGGUGGUGCUUGUUUAUAAAAGGGAGAGGAUACAGAAUCAUAUGAAGACCUAAUAAUCUUAAAUCUAGCUCACACAUAUAACCAAACUUAAAUUAUAAAACUCAGGAUGAAUAAAGAAGUAGCAAGGAAUUUAAACAACUUUAAUGAAGAUAACUUAGAGCUAGCCAGCGUAUCAAGUCUAAAAGCCAAAUUACCUCCGGACAAUUCAGUAGUGUUUUAUUAUUGCACUCUAGAAGAUGCCUUAAACUCCAUAACCAGGGCUACUUUAGAUGAAAAAAAGAUUUUGUUGUUUUAUCUUCACAAUUCAGAGAAGCCCUUCUCGCAGAUGUUUUUGCAGCACUUGAAUAAAAAAGAGAAGUUGUCUAAGGUUUUGCGCGAAAAUUACAUAGUUGUCGGCUGGGAUCUGGACAAUUCUUCGUUUCAUGACCAUUUGGUGAACGUUUUAAACCGCCAUCCUGUAUUGUCAGCAAUAUCAGAAUUUGUAAAGAAACAGGUCGCUGCGGCAUUUUGCAUUCUAUCGUACGAAAAUACAAUUAAAUUAGCAUCGUGUGUGAAAGACGCGAAAAUAGCACGUGUGGUCGAAAAUUUGGAGGAAGUGCAGAAAAUGUAUAAGGAGCAUUUGAAAGCUGAGAAAGAGGAGAAAGAUUUAGAAGCCGAAACCGGUAACGAUAACGACAUAUCUCCAGAAAGGAUGCAAAAUAUUUGGGCCCAGAUGCUUGGUGAUAGGGAUUAUGAUCGGUUUGAGUAUGAUGAGCAUGAAGCUCUUAAAGAUAAAAUUGCUUUUGCGUUAAAAGGUCCUCCGGAAGCUGAGAGCGGUUAUGAUAAAAAACAAUUAAAGGAAAUUGAGAAAAUUUAUGAGAAAAUUAAGGCAGAAUCUAGUAAAAUUGCAGAAGUGAAAGACCGAGUCGAAAUAGCGGUGUUCUACGUCUGUCUAGUGCCCCUAGCGGAAGAGAAAAUGAAAAAAAGAAAAAAAGAUCCGAAUUAUAAACCGGUUACCGAUUGGUGUCCCUUGCCAGUAUUUCGCUUAAGAAAAUGCCGAAAAAGUCGUCAUUCGGUCAUACGAUUCCCUUGCUCUGUAUUAAUUGACCAUACUGGCAGGGUGUAUCAAACUUGGACUUCUUACUUGACCAACAAUAAAUAUCCUAAGGGGCAUAUAAUUGUACCAAAAGCCGGAAGAUAUCAAUGGAACACAGACGUUUUGCCAGUAGAGGACCAUCUGUCGCCCGCGUGUCACAUCACAAAAAAGCUACUCGUGGUAGGAGACGUGACGAGUAUCGUGGCCUCUGUAGGCUCGGCGGCGAUCGGAGUAGGCGCCGCAAUACCCGCUUUGGCCGCCCUGCCGGUUCUCGCCCCGCCCGUUCUUUUCGGAGCCGCCAUCACGGGCGGCGCGGGCGUCUUAUGGACUUUGGGCAGAAGUAUCCACCAUCUAGUGGACAGGUCAAUGCACAAUGAGGAAAUCGGCUGGGCAAACUCGGAGGCGCGAGGUGCAUAUUUGAACAUUGUCGCUUCCAGUUUGGGAUUCGUGGGCGCGGGCGCUAACGUUGUUUUAUCGCAAUUGGUGAGGCGUGGAGUUAAUGUCGGACAGGGUGCCGCUUUCGCUUUUAAUUCAAUAAGCGUAUUAAACUUGAGCGCGAGCGGAGUGUCACUCGCGAACUCCACUUACGACGUACUGGAUCGACUGAUAAACGAGAACGAGUUGCCCUCGACGCUCACGCUGAUGCAACUGAGCGCCUCGGUGCUUUUCUUUGCUCACGCCGCCUACAGCUUUAAAAGCGCUCAAACUAUAAUUGACGAAACGCAAGCGGCCACUUUACGAAACUUCCAGGAUUUAUUAAGCAGCAAUAGACUCAGGAAAAUGUUUAACAAACUCCUUAAGGAAUCCAUCCGGGUUCACGGUAACGAAAAUAAAGGUGCGGCCGAGGUUAUCCUGUCCAUGCGAAAAAUUCCCAGUAAAACUGAAGUGUUCGCCGCUCUGACAAGAAACAACAAACUGUUGAACGAGAAGGGUGUGAAGUUCUCAGCACAAAAUGGCGAUAUUUACUUUAACGGAAUGAAAGUCGAUCUGAACCAGUUUAUGGGACUUAGUGGAAAGCGAACCGAAAAAUUUUUAGUAAACCUCGGAAAAGAACCGAUCCCAGUGCAGAACAGUAGCUCGUCCUCAUCAAGUACCGUCGCCUUAAAGUCAGCGAUAGCGAACGUCAUUUCCGACUUUAAAAUUAAACUUUCCAACAUGGACUUGCUCCAAGUUGUCCAACUGACCAAGAAAAUUGUACCGUUCCUAAGCAAAGACGUCCUAGCUAAGGUAGUAAAUGCAGUACUCAAUUCACUUGAAACUUAUUUAUUAGAGCGGGGCAAGGAAGUGUUUGAAGAACUCGACAAAAUUUUACCCAAGGACGUGUGGUACAUGAAAUUCAUAAAUAUGGCGAUUUCUUACUUUCGCGAACAAGCGGAAGAACUGGAAAGACGCUAUCAGCUGUACCAAAUAACUGGCGACCCGCAGUACUACAGCACGAUAUUCGAUAAAGUUAAUCUUGAUUACUUCAAACGUAUCGUAACGUUUUUCGAGUGGGUGGUCAACAAUUCGUAUUCGGACGAAAAACUCGCGACGAGCGCUUUGAGGAAAAUGGUUGAUUACGUACACAGCUGGAUCGCCGGGAUUAUAUUCGAAAAACGUCAGAGGGACGCCAAGGAAAAGCAGGUAGAAAAACAUUCGAAAGAAUAUGAAGUUCGUAAAGUGUGUUGUGAGUUAUGUGAGGGACAUUAUUUUCAACCGGUUUAGUAUAUUUAAUAGACGCUUCGUUACGGGGGUCGUUCAAUAAGUCCUUACAAAAACAGCUAUUGCGUUCUUUUCAAUUAAAUGAAUAUAAGGGUCAUUCUCAUUUAAAGUCGUCAAACCAAUAGUGAAAAUCGUUCAUUACAAAAUAUUUAAUAUUAUGCAAAAAAACAAACAAAUCAUUUUCUAAUCAUGUUUUAUAACACAAUUUGGCAAAAGCAGUGCAAAUUUUUUUUUUAUUUUACCCAUUUUUGAGUGAUUCUGCUUACUGAACUUUGUCAGGUUCGUCACUAUUUCUUAAAAGUCAGAAAAUUAGCCUUAGACCCAGGUUAAGAAUUCUUUUUAAAACAUUAAUUAUUGCAAGAAGCCGAUGGGUAAUUUAUUUUUUUUUAGUUUCUAUUUUUCUAUAAAAAGCAAUACCAUAUUUUAUGUGUUUUUCUAAAUAGUGACGAACCUGACACUGAUGUAACAAACCUGACAAUGAUGCUAAAAAUUGAUAGAAAACAAACACAUUUAAAUAAUAAUUGUUUUUUUUUAUUAAAUGGCUCCAAUUACAAAAACGUUUAACCAAAAAUGUAAAUUCUAAAUUUAACCAAACAUAACAAAAUAAACUCUAAAUUUUAAGUAACUCAUAACAAAUAAUAAAAUACUUAGGUUAAAUUAGUUGAUGCCUUCCCCAUUUUCAAGCCAAAACGGCGUUUUAAACUGUAAAAUUCGUUUAGUUGCAUUAGUAGGUGCUUCAAUAGAACCCACUAUAUCUUCAAAUUUAUACCAGAUCUUGUCUUCCUUGAUUGGCCAAAUGUAUUUAUUGACUCCUACAGAAUGCAGAACUUUAACUUCACAGGAUUCAUCGUUAUUUGUAUCAGUAACAACGCCCGGAUAUAUCACAUUGUUAUAUUUAACAAGCAGCCAUUGAUCAAUUUUUACAUUUUCAAAGGUCACAGGUAAAAAUUGUUGUUGUUGAAGCUGUUGUUGAGGAGUGGUAUCUUCUGGGUUAUCGUCUAAAUCUACAGUUUCACAGUCUUGAUAAUACAUCCGUUGCAAUGAAUGACAAUCACAUGUUGUAGGCAAUUUCUUGCAAAAACACGAUAAUUCGCGUCCAUAUAAAUCGGACUCAGAAUCUUUCAAAAUAAUUUGACCUACUUUCAUAAUGCCUUUAGUCAUUUUGUAACGAUUAUUUAUUUCUUUUUUGGAAUCAAAGUUAAUGACAUCUUCUAAAUCGAUCCAAUAAAGUUUCACAUUUACUUUUCCUUGAAGAAUCCUAAAUAACGCUUCUGCAUCUGGAAUGUCAUUCCCUUUACAGACAAGUCCAUCAGCUACUCUUUUGACUGCAGCCCCAACACCAUCCGGAGCACCCUUACCAUGCGAAGCCUCUGAAAAGUUCCAUGAAGCAUUUGAAAAUCCAUAAUCUCUAAAAUAUGUAUUCAAAUAAAAAAAAAUUGUCCUUGUUGCGGUAUUGUGAUGUUGGGCCAUCACUAAAGAAGUUAACAGUUUGCACACCAUUUUGUUUUAGUUCUUCUAAAACAGGACGUAAGUGGGCCCAAAUAGCAGGAGGGUCAUGCCGAGUACAGGAAGAAAUGGUACAUAUACUUUCAGGAGGUUUAUUGUCAUAGUAAACUACAACGGUAUGGAGACUGGCCUGGUUGUGUGAGGAACCGAAAUGCAUUGCCUGUAUUUCUGAACUCAUUUUGCAUGAGUAAUUUUCAGAAAAAUCUAUAUGUACAGCAGCCUCUUCAUAAGUUAGUUCAGAAAUACAUUUUUGCCUUUGACUGGCUUGAUGAUUUUUUUUGAAGACAUGCCAACAGAACAUUGUUUUUAGUUCUGCAUUAAAAUUUGUGCAUAGGUUCUUUAGCAUUCCAGAUUCACGGAUAAGCUUUGUUUUAUUAACAAAAAAUGUUUUGCCUGAUUUGCUCCUUUCCUCUUUUUCAAGUUUCCAAAAGUUCCAAUUAACUAAUUUAUUUGGAUCUUUAAUAUCCGCGAGGAUUAUAGCGGCCUGAUCUUGGCAUUUUGGGCAGAUAUUUUUCAUGCAAUCUUUUGAUUUUACAUCACACGUAACCAGCUUACCUACGUUUUCGAUGUUGCGUUCUGUGCAUAUUUUUUCUUUUACUAAAGUAUCCAGUUUAUGCUGUAUAUUGGAAUGUUUUUUGCACAAGCAAGAAUCUCUAUCGGAAAGUUUUGGUUUCACAACCCAACAAGGUCUAUGCCUGCAAAAUGUCGCAAAACUAAUUUUACUACAAGGAAACUCUUUGCAAAACUUUUCAUAAAGAUUUUUAAGGGUUUCCUUUAGCAAUCUUUUCUGAUAUUUGAUCUUGCCUCGUGUUACUGUUUGUUUUUUUUCCCGGUGUUAACGUAGUUAUGCCAUCUCUAUUAAAAAAGUCUCGUAUUUUUUUAUGAAGUGGAUGUAAAGUAAGUCGACAUCUUCCUUUCCCUUUUGACAUUGUAGUUGAAGAAUGACAUUGGAGUACCUUUUUAGUUCUUGUUAAAAAUUUAUAUUUUUUGACAAUGGUUCCACUAGUGGCUCUAGAAAUAAUUUGCUUUUCUUUUUCGUUGUUUGUUUUUGAGUAAUUGUCUUUUAUUUGUGCAACUAGUGCAGUUUUUCAUAAUGAAAAACUAGAGUUUUUUUUACAGUUUCAGGAACAUUAUAUCCUUUGGUAUCUUGGAUGGCUUUACUGUAAGGACUAGCUGUUUCACUUUUCUGACUCCCUGCCACAACAUUCUUUUUCUGGUAUCGCUGGCAACGUUUCUUAUACUUCCGUAAAGACUGCUUUGUUUUUUCCAAGUCCUUUUCCAAACGCUUGAUUUUCCUGUAUGCAGCAGUUCUAUCCUUGCGAAGUCUCUUUCUUCCGGAAGACCUGUUAGCCUCUAAGUAAGAUUGAUUUCUUGGAGGUUCAUUUACUAUUCCAACAUCUUCCAUAGGAAUAUGAUCGGGCAGGGGUAUCGGACUUCCCGGUAGAGUAUUUUGCUGAAGAAAUUGGUCCUGUUCACGUUCAUGUUUUUUUAUCUGCCGACUUUUCUGUUGGUACAAUCUCCAUUUUUUUCUUUGGUAACGCUUCUCCCUAUCGGAAAGUUCUUCUAUAGACUUUUUGGACUUCUUUGCCCUCUUUCGGCUUUUUUCCAAAUAUUCUUGUCUUUUUUCGGGGUUUUCUUUCAGUUUUUCUCUAUAACGCCUUGCACGUUCAGCCGGUGUUAACGGCAUUGCUGAAAAUAAUGUCUACUUUACUACUUUUAACGUCAGGUUCGUCACGAACUUGUCAGCUGCGUUACGAAAGAAUAGUAACGCAGCUGACCGUGACGAACCUGACAUUUUAUUAAAAAUAAGACUAUUUGACUAUGACCGGCGACCGGUAUUUUAUUGUAAACAUAACCUAACUUUUAGUUUGCUUUGGUUAACAAAAUACAAUAAUUAGUUUUAAGAAAAUAUAAAGAAAUUUAAAGUUAUUUGCGUGACGUAACUGACAAGCAAUAAACAUACUCACCUUAAAGUCACAAGAAAACACUUUUUUAAACACAGUAUUUAACUAAAAAAACACUUUCUUUACACUGCGUAGCGACACUAUGGUUUCAUUUAGCAAGCAGGUGGUUAACUGGAAAUAGUAAAUUGGUCCAUAUAAGAAUUUUACGCUUUCUUAAUAGUAGUGACGAACCUGACAUAUUUUUUAGAGACAAUACUUUGAAAGAAUUUAAUAAAUACGAAAAGCAAAGACGUGUUUCCUAUAGGCGAAAAGUUAAAAAUUAAAUCAAUAUUUUUUAGUUAUCUAAGUAAAGCCUAAAUAAAAAACAAUUCCUUAACGAAAAAUCAUGAUAGUAUGAAAGCAACUAAGAAAGAGACCGUGACGAACCUUGACAUUUUGUGACUUUAAAAGAUAAAAUCAAGAUAUAUUAUUUCCUAAACAUGUGAUUAAUCCGUGUUUAGUUUUUAUUUUAAAACAUCUAAUCGACACUUACAAACAAAACCUGAAGAAAAAAGUCUUGAAGACAUCAAAUAUCAAAGUUAAAUGAGAAUGACCCAUAAGUGGAAAACACUCCCACUCAUUUUUAUUCCAUACAUCCGUCGGAAAAUUCACUUAAGCGUUGCACAUUUUUUCCUGAAUUUUAUGGUUUCAAUUUCGCCGCCCUGGAAGCAAUUAUUGAAUCACGUAUUUCAGAAACCCCAUAAAUCCGUUUUUACAAAAUGUUCAGAUAUUAGAAAAAAACCUGUUGUUCUUUUGUAAUAGGAUUAAUGUUGUUGAAUCAGUUUGCAUAAAAAAGUACUGAAUUUUAGCUUCAUAUAUGUUUUAUUUUUUUUACUUUGAUGGAUUUUUGGGGUAUCUGAAACACACAAACUUUUCAAGGAUUAAAAAUUUAAAAAAAAAAGUUUUAUAUAAACAUUUAUUCAAAAAUAUGGGCUUACAUAAUAAUAUAUAAGUAGUCAUCACUCCUCAGGUUGUAUUGUUUCAUUUGAAUCUCCCUGGCAUGUAGGAAAAUUAAAAAUUUCACUGUUAAAGUCUUUGACUUCUUCAUUAUCUGGUAGACUUACUUAUACCUUUCGAGUUUUCUCAAGUCUUGCAUCUUCUUAAUAUUGAUAGGAAUAUGUCCUUCAGGAUAUGCUUUUGUUGUUGCUAUUUCGUAGCCGAAAAGAAUGAUUUUGCAACCCGUCUAUGUACUGUUUUGCAACAAUAAUUCCAUCGUGUUUACUCGAAUGAAUGAAGUGUCGAAAGUUGGAUAUUUUAAAAGCAAUCUUUUGAUCUCUUCGAUUGUUUCUGCCCAAAGAUGCAUUAGAAAGCAUUAUCUUUUUAAAGUAAGUGAGCCACCAGCUUUUAAAGUUCAAUAUGUCAUCAGAAUUCGGCAAAACUACAGUAAAUAGGUUCAACCCUAUGUUAGAUGAUAAGCUCAACAUCCUUUUAACACGUAAAUCCUGUCUGAUUUUUUAAUUUUCGUUUUAAGAACGAAAAAAUCCCGGUCACAUGGUAGAAAUGAAUGUCCUCGUAUCGGAUAAUAUUGUUCAAUUUUGUUGAAUCUAUUGGUUGAAACUAAGACAGAAAAAAGUCUAACUAUUGUAUGAUUCUCUUUCUGGACAGCACAUGCAUCAGAAAAAAAGUGAAAAUGUUCAAUAUUUUUCAAUUCUGGAUUAUUGUCAGGAAAAUGUAAUAAAAACGAUACAACUUCAUUAGGCCCGUUAGUUCCUGUUACCUCGUGAUACACAUACGAAGUUACCCUAUCUUUUAGAUUAUGAAUGCAUAAAACAUUAACCCUGGAGUGCUACACUUAUUUUUACAGCGUAAUAUGCUACAAUGGGGUACAGUUGUACCCAAAAUAAAAAAGGGCCUAAAGGAAAAUAUCUGUGCAUAUAUGUAAGUUAAACAAAAACAACGUUAAAAAAGCAUUCAAAACAUUUACUUAUUUUUACAAAAAUUUGUUUUAUUUUUAUUUUUUCUGGUUUUGUUGGUGCUUCCAGUACAUCUUUUUUUUUUAGUACAUUGCAAAUAGUUUGCCGGAGUUUGCGCCUCAAAGUUGCAGUUUCCGAACGACGUUCCAUUUGAGCUUUUAUUAGAUCAAGUGCUAGUUUUUUCAAGAAAGCUCUUCGAAAGUGAUUAAUAAACUUGGUUUAUUAAUCACAGAACCAUCCCAAUGCCCAUUGUACGUAAGUCUGUGUUUCAACAUGCGUGGAUGCUCCUUUUCAGCAGAAUAGACUGAAAUGGACAUUUCUUCAAGUAGUGUUGGUCUAAGAACUGAGUCCAUCCACGAACAAAAUUACUUUCAACUUCAGUUAUACGAAAAGGCAAUGGCUUUGAGCGAGUACCUUCAAAUUCUUCAACCCAUUCUUUAGGUAACUCAACCCAUUUAUUUUGGUUAAUGUUAGCCAUAUUACGAUCGCACUCCAGGUAUGAGUGUCCUCUUAUUGGAAAGUGCAUUUUAAUCUUUUCUAAUCGUUUGGCAUGGUAAACCAAAUAAUGAACAAUCCGAAAAAUUCUCCAAUUUUUAUUCUGGCCCCAGCAGGAGUCGCAAAAAAUAUCCAGUUCUUUAACGGCGGGAUCCAGUUGCACCAUUACAAAAUAAAAAAGAAAAGAAGAAACUUCAUUUGCUCCUUUGCAAGCAACCGUUUCGUCAUAGGCAUAAAAGUACGACUCGCCAUUGGAAAGGACAUGGAUGUUAAACAUACAAAACGUCAAUUGCCUUUUGUAAUAUACGUCGUUUGUGGUAAUAUUCGGCACAGGUAAGUUCUUUUGGAAGUCCAUUGCAAUAGAUUCUCGACUAAUUGACUUCUGACUGUCUAACCGUGACUAGCGUUUUCGAGCAUAGAACGUCUUGGCCUUUAUCAGGUGUAGUUUGUUUUCUGUUGAUAGCUUUCUUAAUUUUCCCUCAGCUUCCAGUUUCUCCUUGCUACCAUCGGGAUAACUUUUGUGUCCAUUUUCAAUCGUACGAACUUCUGCAGCAAAUUGGUCACAAGUGCUGCACGUAUCUUAUCUAGGAUACCCAAAACUUAUAUUAAAGUUUUCAGUAAAAAUUUUGCUGUAUUUUUCGUACGACACUUUCUUAUCCGGGUACUUUAUUUUGUACAUAUUGUACAUUUUUGUGACAUUCAACUCAGGUGGCAAAUAGGUCCUCUUUGAGUCUUUAAGACUGUAAUGACUCAUUCGACCUUUAAAAGACCCAAUGUGGGCGCAAACUGCGUCAAAGGUGUCUUUAGUUAUACGAUUUCUCCGGUUUUGAUGUUGACCACGACCGUCUUUAGGCUGGACACCUCUUUUAAUGUAUCGUUGAAUAACUUCAAUUUUUUUCUUUGAAAUUCCAUGUAAAGGACGGAACGCCUUACCGGAACUCUAUUUACUCGCACACGAUAUGAAUAUGAACAGUCAUGUAACAGAGCAUUUUCUUCAGCUUGUCUAGGCUUAUGUUGAAAAACCGUACUCACUUGUAUAAGCCCACUUAAAUAACUGUUCUGUUCAUUUACCGUCAUUUUAUUAAAUUUUGUUAUUAUAUCAAUCCUAGCUCUUUCUGUUACAAUUUGGAAACAUUGUAAUCGUCCACCUCACUAUUCAUAUCUGUUUCUUCCAUUAUUUCAAUAAUUAAAUCACGAAAACUCAGAAAUAAAUGCCGUAGUAACACCAAGGUUAAAAACAAACAUGUACUGACGAAACAAAACGUUUUACGCUGCAUAGUAUCGUACAGAUUCCAAUCAUAAAUUUCAAUGUUGCCAAUUGACACACCCCCUUCUUUUGCUGUUUCGGUUUGACAUUCCCCCUUUUUCACGUGUAUCCUAUAUAUUUUUUAAACCGCGAUAAAAUCUUGACCAUCCUCGUUAUUGCAGUGCAAUUUAGGCUGUAAAAAAGAUCAUAUUGAAAGGUGCAUCCAGCGAUGCAAAACUGAAAAAUGGAGAAAAUUGACAUUCCCCCUUUUUCUCGUGUAGGGGAACAUGGGGUAAAAUGAAACACAAAUUUAAUUUUAAUUGUUUCUCUUUUUCGAUAUAAGUCUAUUAGGUUUAAAUGUGUUUUAAAAAAUGUCCUUCGGUACUAGGAGUACAUGUAUAGAAGUAUCAAGAGCCUUAUAACUACCUAUUUUGUCCAACAGACUAUUGAAAUUUAGGAAAAAAAUGUUUCAUUGUGCCCCACCACUGGGGCACAAUGGAACAAAUAUAGGGGCACAAUGCAACAUACCUAGAUUACUAUAUAACAAUUAAAUCGCUUUAGAAGUAUUCCCAAUAAAAGACCUAAAUAUUUUUAGAAUUUUAAGUACAGCCAAAGAGCGAAAUAAUUAAAACGUUGAAUAUAAUCAUUAGCCAAUAUUGGUAAAGUCGAUUCCGAAAGAAAUAUAUUGUUUUUGGCGUUGGGUUGAUCCUGCAAAAACUGGGUUCCCUAAAACCAUCUUAAUGCUAUUUUCAGCGACUAGUGAUACGUCUGGAACUGAUGGCUCUACAAAUUUGUUAUAUCCUUUUUUUUUAAAAAAAUUUAUCUCGUAAUCUCCAUUUGUAUCUUUUCCUUUUGUAACAAUUCCAACGUAGAACUUGUUAUUGUGUCGGUUUAAUUUAAAUUCCACCAGUACAUAAUCAUUUGGCAGAGGUGACCUAUCCAGAUUUACGAAAUGAUCUUCAGUCACGAUGAAAAGGCCUUCAUCGUCGUCUAAGUCGUCAUCAGUCUCAGUGUAGACUACAUCUUCUUCUUCAGAUGAUGAGUGCUCCUCUUCGAUUUUUUUAAAUUUCUUUCUAGCAUCUUUGUCAAAAUCCGUUAUUUUUCUUUUGGCAGUUUCUUUCUUUGAUGCUGAUACCGCAAUUUCAAUUUUAUUGCCAAGUGCGGUCAUUUCCGGGGUACUGGUUGCAAUCAUACUUUUUCCUUUUGCUCGAGCCUUUCUGUUGUUUUUUCUAUUGCCUGCCUUGGGAAAUCCCCUAAAAUCUUCAGAUCCACAUAAAGUAUCUCCGUUAUUACUGUUGCAAGUAGAAGUACUGGGGUUUUCAAAGUCGUUAUUGAAGCUUGAGGUAUUAUUGGCAGAUGCUUCGAUUUCCAUUGCUGAGUUGUUUGUUUUUUUAACAGGAGUAUUACUUGGCGAAGAAUAAUGCUCUUUUUCUUGACUAGAAGUAGUUGGUAAUUCGACCAUUGGUCGGUCGGUAACAUAAUUACAUAAAUAAUCGGCAUCGGUAAAAACAUGUCUAUCGUAUGGGUAAAUUCCUGUUUUCUUAAAGGCCGCGGUGAUGUUUGAUGCAGUCAUUCCUCUCUCGUGAGCAAUUUUUACAAAGCCAGCAACAUUGUAGAUAGUUGCUGUUUGGCCAGGAUGCUGCAUCAUCCAAGUAUCUAUUGCAGCAUUGUAAUACGUUUUAAAUGGCUUAAACACACCCACGUCUAACGGUUGCAAUUUAUUGGUGGAAUGUGGGGGAAAAGUUAACAUAGUCACUCCAUUUUGUUUGCACAAAUUAAGUGCCUCUAACGACAAAUGACUCUCGUGAUUGUCGCAUAAAAUUAGAGUGGGCGAUUGCAUGCUACUUUUUGUAUGGUGUAUAAAAUGGUUUAUAACUUCAACAAAUAAUACUGAAGUCAUCCAGCCGGACGGAUUUGCCAAACCAAGAGUACCAGUAGGGGCUUCCUGCACCAUGUGAGGCUUAAAGUGUACGCGAGGAAAUAUCAUAACGGGGGGAAUAAAGUUUCCACUUGCUGAGAUGAAACAACAGGUUGUGACGUUAGUACCUUUUUCAGCACUAGUGCACUUACUAACUUGCUUGGAUCCUUUUUCGGCAAUUAUUUUUUGGGGUUUUUGAACUGUGCAUGUACCUGUUUCAUCCAGAUUAAAUACUCGUGUUCCAUCUGCAAAGUGAGGAUUUGCGUAAACCUUUAGCAAAUUAUCAAAAAGUGCAUCUACAUUUGCUUUUGUGAAAGAUGUAGCCCGGGACAAGCUACAUCCCUCAGGCGUUCGUUGACUAAGCGAUGGAUUUCUUUUUAAAAACCCAUAAAACCAAUCUUGUCCUGCUGAUUUGUUAACGUCCCAUGAUUUUGGAUGUUUUAUUUUAUUUAUCACAGCCAUUUCAUAAGCCACCUUCUUGCAUUCAGUUACUGGGAGACCAUAAAACAUUUUGGAACACAUUAGCAAAUAUUCCUUUAGUUUAUUUUCUUGUUCCACAUUAAACACUUGUCUAACAUUGUAGUUCGGAACAAACUUUAAAUUUCUAUCACUCUCAUUGUUUUUUUUCUUUUUCACAUACCUGGAUAAUGUUACGAAGUUAACGUUUUUUAGUUCUGCUGCCCGUCUGAUGGAGUGACCUUGACAAACUAGCUCGACUGCAGCUUUCAUGUCAUUCUCAAGAAACGAACCUUUAUUGGUUUUUCUUUGACUGGAAUAAAAUAGAAAAAUAUUCGUAGAAAAAGAAAAAUAAUUACACGAUUUAAAUGUUAUGGGGCACCUCGAAACGUUUCAAAGAGCCCCGUCGAGUAAUGUUUCAUUGAACCCCAAACGUCCAUAUUGUUUAUUUUAUGCCAAAAUAAAAAAAUACAAAAGGAUUAGAAAAAGGAAGCGGUUUUAAGGAAAUAAAGAUGACGAGAGCUGGUAGCGAUCGAAGCGCCACUGACAGUAACAGAUUCUCUUUUAGCCGCAAAAAUUUAAAAUGAGAACAAUGUUUCAAGGUGCCUUGUGUUUCAACGUGCCCCGUGUUCCCCUACCCUUCAUUUGAUAGUAUCAAAAUUAUUCUAAGGAACGUAGUAUAUACAAGACUAUACAGAACACUAAAUAGGACGAACAGUAUUUAAAAAGGGGUGCGCGUUAGUGUCAUUCAUGUUUUGUUUACAUUUUAUUGUAUUAUCCUUUAAGCAACACAGCCACUUCCCUCUUCCAAAAACUAGUGUGUUCAAAAAUUAUAUUUCAGAAACACCAAAAUCCCUGGAGUUUUUGUUUUUCUGCAAAACAUGAAAAUUUCAACUGGUAUUAAAUGUUUGUAAAUAUAAAGAGUUUUGGGGUUUUUGUUUAACUUUAAGGGUAUAUACUAUGAAAAAUUACAGAAAACUGCAAUAUCAUAAAUUUGUGACUUUUAUGGUUUCUGAAAUACGUAAUUCAAUUAGUGUGAAUACCUUAUUGCUCAUAAAACCAAUAGAUCCUAUUUCCAUUAGUAAUUAAUCUGGUUUCUAAAAGUACGUGCCUUAAUUAAAAACCUAUAAAAUAUACAGGGUAGAAAAAUCACUUCAAUUGUUAAGAAACUCCCUGUAUGUAUAAUGCUUGUAAUUUUUGUAUUGUUUUGUUAUUUUUAAUCAAGUUUUGUUAUUAUUCUUUACUUAAAAACAAUGUUCUUUCUUUUUUUCAAACAAAUUUAUCAGUAUUUGCCUAUUUAAACAAAAAAUAUAUAUAUUCAUUUAACGAUUUUUAUUAGGAUAUGGUUAGAAUUAGUAAUUGUUAUAUGGCGCUUUAUUAACUUAAGAAAUGCGCUAAUUUUUAUAUGGCACCUUUAUGUAAUUAAUAAAAUAUUAAAUUAAAAAUUG